AUGGCGUCGGUUGCCAGCCAGCUCCCGGUGCUGUCGCUGCCGCGAGAAGACGCCGACGAAAACUCACACCGCGCGUUCGCCGCGGAGCUGUGUCGAACGUGUCACGACGUUGGAUUCUUUUAUUUAUCGAAUCACGGCGUCGAGCAGGCGUGCGACAACGUUCUCGACGCGUCGAGGGCGUUCUUCGCGUUGCCACUGGCUGAGAAGAAAGAGAUAGACUACACGCGAAGUCGAGCGUUUCGAGGAUACAUGUACGACGGCGCCGAAAACACCGCUGGAAAGCCAGAUCGAAGAGAGCAGAUUGAAUUCGGUGUCGAGUGCGCCGAAACGUGCGCCACCGAAGGGCCAUAUUACGAGCGAUUAAAAGGUCCAAAUCAGUGGCCGGCUCAGGUGCCGCUUCGCGCACCAGUGGAAGAUUUCCAAAACAAAAUGGCGACGUUGAGUCGAAGAAUCAUGACUUAUUUGGCGAUCGGACUAGACCUCGACGGCGGUUAUUUCGAUUCCAUGUUCGGCGACGAACCGAACGUGCAGAUGAAAAUUUGCCGGUAUCCGCCGAGCGACGGAUCCGUCGGCGAACACAGCGACACUGGAAUUCUUUCUUUUGUCGUCCAAGACUCGGUCGGUGGUUUGCAAGUGCAGCUUCACGAUAGCGGUGAAUGGAUUGAUGCGCCGCCGAUCGACGGAACGCUCGUCGUCAACUUGGGGGAGAUGAUUCAACUAAUCACCGGCGGCUACUUUCUUGCCACGCCGCAUCGCGUUCAAAACCUGAACGGCAGCCAGGCGCGAUACUCGGUGCCUUACUUUUGGAAUCCGGAGCUAGACUAUCGAGUCGAAUUUAUAGAGUCCUCCAUAUUGGACAGUUUGGUUUGGCAUCGGCCGCGACCGUCGGACGAUUCCUUCAGAGCGACGGGAUCGCACGGCGGCGCGAAUCGACUCAUCUCAGCGUACGGCGAAAACGCGUUCAAAUCGUUCGCACGGUCUCAUCCCGUAGUCAUGCGAAGGCAUCAUUCAGACUUAGUGAUGAACCCCGACGGUAGUAUAACUAGUCCUAGCAGCUCAAUAUUAUAA